CUUUGUAAUCGUUCAUCUCUUAAAUCAUUCUCCGACUCUCUGUAAUCAAAUAUUUCCCCCAAUUAAUUCUAAAUCUUCUUCCUUAAGAAAAUGUCUUGCUGUGGCGGUAACUGUGGAUGCGGAUCUAGCUGCGGUUGCGGCAAUGGCUGCUCCGGGUGCAAGAUGUACCCUGAUUUGAGCUACACGGAGGCGACCGCCCCCACUGUGACCGCCGUCCUCGGCGUUGCCCCUCAGACACAUUUUGGGGUAGCGGAGUCUGUUGAGGGCGGAUCGGAGAAUGGAUGCAAGUGCGGUGACAACUGCACCUGCAAUCCAUGCAAUUGCAAGUGAGUAGGGCAUGGUUUUGAAGCUAAGCAGAGAUGAAGAAGGAGAAGGGUGAUUAAUUAGUGUUUACUAUUAAUGUUAUUUAGUAAUAACUUUGUGCGUGUCGUAAUUAAGGGGCCUAAUUUUAUGUGACGUCAUCAUCAUCGCGAUGACGAUGGUUCUAAUUUAAUUUGUGCCCCCCUCUCGUUGUAAUAAAAGUUCUGUGUCUGGUGGGUUACCAUCUCUGCUGGUGGUUGGAGUCUGUUGUAUUAUUAAUUCAAGUUAAUGGAAGCUCCCCUUCUUCUUUGA